CGCAUCAACGCAGUCCGACACCCGACGACUCCAAGUGACGAUGCUUCCUGUAUCGUCAUCACGCUCGGCAACCGGUUCAGUCCACAAUGGACUUCCGAGUGCAACAACGGAUGCCGCCCGCCAGAUGAAGGAACUAGCCCUUGCGAGACGUUACUGUUACGGUAAAGGGGCCGGCACAACAGUCAAAUAAUUUCAGCAACGCACCGCACUUUUUCCAGGCACACGAUCAACACGACCGACAUUCUAUCUGCUCUGCGCCUUUUCUUCACAUCGACUCAAAUUACGCGUUGAUUGAGAAUGCCCCUGCCUCUAACCAUGACAACCUCCGACGUAUUGCGCUUCAUUAGCAUCCUCGCAUCCGCUAUCCACACAGGCAGCCAAUUCAGUCUCUCAUUUGUAUCUGGCGCGGCUCUUCUGGCUUCUCCAACCGCCGACGAGGCGACCGUGCUCGCGCAGUUCAGGGUCAUAUUCCGUCGAGGCUUCGUCUUGUGUCCCCCGUUCGCCGCCAUCGCCACCCUCGCCAACCUCGGCAACGCCUUCAUCAGCUGGCGGUCUAAUGAUGAUGGUGCCAGCAUGGCGCUUCGCUUUUUGCUGGCUGGGUUGUGUACGGCGAGUCUGAUCCCUUUCACGCUCUUGUUUGUCGUCUGCAGCGAGGGUCUCCUGUUGGAGAAGGCGGCCGAAAGGCUAGGAGAGGGGAAGAGGAAGACCCCAUCGUCUGCAGCACGGACGAGAGACUUGAUCAAGGAGUGGGCUCGGCUCAACUAUUUGAGAACUCUCUUCCCGCUGAUUGGGGCACUUGUCUCAUACAGUGCUCGUUACGAGACAAUAAACAAGUGUCGGAAUUAAUGAGAUCUUCUUGUUCAAGUCACGAGAGGGACCUAUAUAGGCUUUCUUCUAGUGCAUAUAUAGGGCUGAAAUUAUAGUGCAUGCCUAUCUAGAAUGGGAAAAUACAGUAUAGUAUUUAGCUAAUGUGGUUUAUAAGCGAGCCACGAUUAUAGAGUCGGG